AUGUCUGACGAUGGAUUUGACGAUGACGAUCAUCUCCUAAUGGAGCUCGUAAGAGCCACCCAAAAGCCUGAAGCUCCUUUGGCAAAUACCACCGAACAGAGAGCUCAAAACCCACUGAGUAAUGGAGCACCUCAAACUAGUAUGGAGCAAAGGCUCUUUCGGGCCGACGGAGAGAUUGCAAUUCUCAGAGCUCAGUUGCAAUCGCUCCAGAGUCAGAAGACUGACGAGCUAACGCGUCUUCAGAACCAGCUUGAAUCGGCUAGAUUGCUGGGAGAGGCACAAGCCAAUGCUUUAAAGCAAUCAGUACAAAGGUUAGAGGACGAGAAGAAGUUUCUUGGUAACGAGGUUCGUGCCCUUUCAGCUUCCAAGAGAAGAAAGAUUGAUGUCCCUAGUACAACCAAAGAUGAUUCGGCUACUCCAGCUCCACCAAGUCAUCACUUCGUGCAUAAUAUAGACAAGAAGCCGGACUUCCAUGCACCCAGUUCCUUUUCGAUCAACGUGAAUGAUGACUGGUCUCAAUUUUGCAACCACAUAUGGAACUCCACCAUCUUGGGUAGCCUGAGGACUGAUGCCCAGUUCUUGGAUAAGAUUUGGCUCGAGGCGCCGAUUACUGUGGAAGAGCGAGUAAUGAUUCCGGCCGAAACCUCUCUCAUGUCAUGCGUGUGGAGCUUCAUACUACGACACAGAGACGCCAGACUCGACAAUUUGGUCUUCAUCUUCUGUGAAUAUCUUGUGCAUCUUAUCCAAGAGCUUCUCCUGCGGCAGAACCUGGCUCUCGCUGUGCCGUUUCUCCUCUCCUUGAUAAACUCUGCCAUAAACUUCAAAACAGGUGCCACAAGUGAGAAGUUGGUCCUUCUCUUGACAACAAAAUUGGCCAGCAUCCUGGAUCACUUUCUGCAUUUGCUUGAUUGGACAUUUGAGGCGGACGAUCCACUUCUCACUAACCACGGGAAAACCUACCAGCAGCAGGUCCUCGAGAGAUUCACUGUCACGCUUCUCUUUGACGUGAUCGAGAAUGCAACUGUGAUAGCGACCCAGUACGGUGCUGACUUCGUGAAGUCGCUUUGGACAGAUCUGAUGGAUGUAGCACUUGUGCUAAAGCUUCUUCCCGAAAACACAGAAAGGUUCAAAUCUGCAGCUCAAACCAAUUUGUUGUAUAACUUUGUUGAAAUGCUUUCAUCCUCGUUGAUCGAAGAUGGAAUUGCAAUCCGAGAUGAGAAACUUGAAAAGCAACUCGUCACUUCCCUUAUCAAAGUGUUCCUUAUCGAUGUGGAAAUAAAAGAGGAUUCGAUGUUCUACGGCCUUAAUCGACCUUUAGGUUCGAAUCUUGAUUUCGCUAAGAUACUACAGAUGGUCCCAUCAGACCCCAUGUCGGUAAUUGGCCAGCCAUUUAUUUCAAUUGCAUGUCCAGCUGAUGAAAAUAAGCUCGACAAGUUCGAAAGGUUCGAGAUGCUCGAGGCACACGAGCAUCAUCUCUUGAGCUUAAGGCUUCGAAUUGCGUCAUUUCUAGAAUCACUUGUCAUGUCGCCCUCCGGUAAUACCAUGGAGAUUAUUACUUGCAAGGAGAGUAUGAAGUCAAUUGUUCGGAUCAUUGCAUUGGAGCAAAAUCAGAUCAUCCAUCAACCACGCUCCAAACAUGUGCACAUGAGGAUCUCGAUCGUUGCCAUAUUCCUCAAAAUCCUCUACUUCAUUGCAGGAGAAAUCGAGAAUAUCAACACUAUCAUAUACCCAGAAACUCUUUAUGAGUUGUUCGUCGUUCUUAUGCGUAUAGCGUUUGGGUCCGAUCACUUAUCACAGGAAGCUACGAGACUACUCACCAAGAUAAGAGCGGAGGGCCAUGUACAUGUGCCAGUUUUCAACAAGUGGUGUGAACUUCGAGCCAGACAGGUGGCUCAUUUUAAUGUUUAUGAAAGUGGACCAGAUAAGUUCGAUGAGUUGGCGGCCAUUGAGACAGAUUUUGCCAAUGGACUCGAGGUUCCGUACGAGCAAGACACCGUGGAGAUAGCAAGGGAAAUCUUGAGUCUCUGUGUCAAUCAUGAUGAAGCAGAUAACCUUUACUUCAACAUGAACUACGAGGAGGUUUAA